AUGAUUCCCAGAAACUAAGAUGUCAUAUAAGCAAGCCAAAAAUUAUAAAAUCCAAAUUUUUAAAUUAAUUAAUUAGAGAUUUAAAAUUUAGGGAUUCCAAAACCUCAAUAAACAUUAUCUCGAGCAAAAUAAUCAAUUGAAAUAGUUGAUUUAUAUGGUAAAGGUGUAUUUAAAUCAUUUAUUUAAAGGUGUAAGCCUACAGAAAAUGGGUCAAUAUGAAAAGGCAAUUGAAUGGUAUGACAAAGCAUUGGCCAUCAAUCCGUAAUUUUUAGCUUGUUUUCAUAAAAAAGGUAUAUUUAAAGUAAUAAUUUUAAGGUACAUGCCUACAGAAAAUGGGUCAUUAUGAAUAGGCAAUUGAAUGGUAUGACAAAAAAUUGGCCAUCAAUCCAUAAUCUGUAUAUUCUUUACAUUUAAAAGGUAUAUUUAAAUCAUUUAUUUAUUAAAAGGUUUUUGCUUACAGAAAAUGGGUCGAUAUGAAUAGGCAAUUGAAUGGUAUGACAAAGUAUUGGCCAUCAAUCCAUAAUUUCUCACUUGUUUUCAUAAAAAAGGUAUAUUUAAAGUAAUAAUUUUAAGGUACAUGCCUACAGAAAAUGGGUUAAUAUGAAUAGGCAAUUGAAUGGUAUGACAAAAAAUUGGUCAUCAAUCCGUCAUCUUUACUUUCUUUACAUGGCAAAUGUAUAUUUAAACCAAUUAAUUUAAGGUGAAUGCUUACAAAAAAUGGGUCAAUAUGAAUAGGCAAUUGAAUGGUAUGACAAAGCAUUGGCCAUCAAUCCCUAAAUUUUAGCUUGUUUUCAUAAAAAAGGCAUAUUUAAGUAAUAAUUUUAAGGUACACGCCUACAAUAAAUGGGUCAAUAUGAAUAGGCAAUAGAAUGGUAUGACAAAGAAUUGGCUAUAAAUCCAUAAUCUGUGCAUUCUUUACAAGGCAAAGGUAUAUUUAAAUCAAUUAUAUAAAGGUGUUUGCCUACAGAAAAUGGGUCAAUAUGAUAAGGCAAUAGAAUAGUAUGACAAAGAAUUGGCCAUUAAUCAGUAAUCUGUAAAUUCUUUACAUUUAAAAGGUAUAUUUAAAUCAAUUAUAUAAAGGUUUUUGCUUACAGAAAAUGGGUCAAUAUGAAUAGGCAAUAGAAUGGUAUGACAAAGAAUUGGCCAUUAAUCAGUAAUCUGUACCUUCUUUACAUUUCAAAGGCAUAUUAAUAUCAAAUAUAUAAAGGUUUUUGCUUACAGUAAAUUGGUCAAUAUGAAUAGGCAAUUGAAUGGUAUGACAAAGCAUUGGCCAUCAAUCCAUAAUUUAUAGCUUCUUUUCAUAAAAAAGGUAUAUAUAACGCAAUAAUUUAAGGUACAUGCUUACAGUAAAUUGGUCAAUUUGUAUAGGCGAUUGAAUAGUAUGAUAAAGCAUUGGCCAUCAAUCCGUAAUAUAUACAUUCUUUAAAUAUAAAAGGUGUAUUUAAAUCAAUAAUCUAAAGGUACAUGUUUACAGUUAAUGGGUCAAUAUGAAUAGGCAAUUAAAUAGUAUGAUAAAGCAUUGCUUAUCGAUCCAUAAUUUUUAGAUUGUUUUCUUAACAAAGGUAAAGUUAAUUCAAUAAUCUAAAGGUACAUGCCUAAAUGAAAUGUGUCAAUACAAUUAGGCAAUUAAAUGCUAUCAUAAAGCAUUCAUCAUUGAUCCGCAAUUUGAAUAAUAUUACAAAGGUAUAAUUUAUCAAUUAUUUGAAAAAUUAUGA